AUGACUAUCUACGAUAAAAUAUAUUUUGAUAAUAUUUGCGACACACCAUUUUGGGACAUUGAUCAAAUUUGGUUAACUAAUUCACCAAAACUGAGUCCAUGUUUUACCGAUACUGUUUGCGUUUGGUUUACAACCGGUUUCCUAACAAUUGUCGCCCCGUAUAUCAUAUGGACAUCAGUAGGAGUAUGUCGUCGAUCGCGACCAACCAUUCCCUACAACUACUAUAAUAUUAGUCGACUGGCCAUUGCCUGUCUGUUGACAAUCGUAACUAUAGUCGAUUUGGGUCUAAGUCUCUAUCGGCGAUACCAUCAUAAACACGAUGACAGCACCGAUAGUCAAACAACUAUUGCUUAUCUAAUACGGACCGGACUGUUGAUAGUUAGUCGACUAUCUAUUACAACAAUACUAUACUAUCAUCGACUGUAUGGCAUACAUAACAGCGGUUUUGUUUGGUUUUAUCAACUAUUGGACACUAUUUCCGGUGCCCUAUCGAUAACCGCUUAUGUAUUAGCAGAGCAUAGACUAGAUUUUAAUAAAAACUUGAUAAUCAUAUGUUUAGAGUUUUCAUUCACAGCUUUACUACUAAUAUUAUGUUCAAUUGCCGACCGAUUGAUUCCAGUAGUCACCAACACCGCCGAUAGCAACGAUACUAUUUAUAAUAACUGUCCCAAAGAUCGGGUAUCAUUUAUAUCGCGUCUAACCUAUCUAUGGGUAGACAGUCUAUUGUGGAAAGGUUUUCGAAAACCGUUAAAAUUGACAGAUCUGUGGCCAAUGCGGUCAUCAAAUAUGGCUUCAAAUUUAAUUAAAAAUUUUGAAAAAUAUUAUAAAAUUAGUCAACCAUUUGAUCGACAAUCCAAUGAUGACAAUCCGAUAGUAGGACUAGUAGUCAAUGAUAAAGAAGCGGUACUCAACAACAACAAUGAGUCCUGGUUUUUGAAAUCAUCAGUCAAUAGAGUUUACAGUAAUAAAAGACAACAUAGGGUUGUUAGCCUAUCAUUGAUAUUAAAUUUUAUGGACAACUCGGAGCCCCAAUGGCACGGAUAUGUCUACUGUUUUAUGCUAUUAGCCAUCAAUCUUGCAAUGGGUUUUGUUGUAUCAUAUAAUCAACAAAAAAUGCAAACAUUAGGACAACGGAUCAAAUCGUUGUUAACAUCACUGGUCUAUCGCAAGUCAUUGGUGUUGAGUAAUGAUAGCAAACGUGAGGCCAAUACCGGACAGAUAGUCAAUCUCAUGAAUAUUGAUUGUCAAAGAUUUUUAGGCAUACAAUUGUAUUUACUAUAUAUUGAAAUGGGUUUAGCAAUGAUAUCGGCAAUAGUAUUGCUAUUAAUAGCAGUGGUAUUCAAUGCCUAUGUUAUCAAACUUAUAGAUAGUAUAACAACAGAUCAAAUCAAAUUGAAAGACAAUCGCCAAACAGUUAUCAAUGAUAUACUCAAUGGUAUCAAAGUUUUAAAAUUGUACGCCUGGGAGGAGGCGUUCAUCGAAAAGAUUGAGAAAUUGCGGUCAAAAGAGUUAGAAAACUUACGAAAAGCCGGUUAUUGGAGUUCGCUAUUAAUAUUUACGGCAAAUAGUCUAACAUUUUUUACAUCACUAACUACUUUCGGUAUAUUCAUUGCCAUCAACUCAUCGGCAACAAUGUCCGCCCAAAAGUUGUUUGUAUCGAUAGUAUUGUUGCGAAAUAUUCAGUCAGCCCUACAAAACAUACCGUCCAAUAUCAGCCGAUUAAUAUUAGUUAUAAUUUCUGUAAAACGUUUGAAUAAGUUUUUUAAUUUACCCGAAAUUACUAACUAUUUGACUAAUUAUACGGAUAACGAUCACGUGGUUUGUAUAGAUAACGCCAGUUUUGCGUGGAGUAGUAAUGAAGAUGCUAUUUUAAAUGAUAUAAAUUUGAAAAUAACUGACGGCAUGUUUGUGGCAAUCAUAGGCAAAGUUGGAUCGGCAAAAAGUUCACUACUGUCGGCACUGUUAGGCGAAAUGGACAUACUGUCCGGUAGGGUUAACAUUAGACACGGUGUUAGUAUAGCCUAUGUUCCCCAACAGCCCUGGAUUAUCAAUAAGACUCUGAAAGAUAAUAUAUUGUUUGGCAAAGACAACGAUCCAGUGUUUUAUAAACAGGUUUUCAAUAGUUGUGCACUCAGUGAUGAUCUGAAACAACUGUCCGCCGGAGACGAGACAGAGAUCGGCGAAAAGGGUAUUAAUCUGAGCGGAGGUCAGAAACAAAGGGUUAGUUUAGCCCGAGCUGUCUAUAGUGAAGCCGAUCUCUAUCUACUCGAUGACCCACUUUCGGCAGUUGACAGUCAUGUGGGACAACAUAUUAUGCGUGAAGUGCUUCACUCGGAAACCGGUUUAUUGCGAAAUAAGACCCGAAUUAUGGUUACAAAUCAAUUGUUUGUAUUGCCAUUCGUUGAUCGGAUAGUUGUCUUGAAAAAUGGUAAAAUUGAAUCCAUCGGUACUUAUAAUGAAUUAUUGGAAUCGGACGAAGAUUUUCGUGAAGUUUGCAGACAAUCCGCAGUUGUCGACAACAAUAACAACAAUAGCGAUGACAACAAUGAAACUACAGCUAAAGGAUUGAUUAGAAAACGAAAAAUCAAUGUACAAACAACAGAUGAUUUGAUGAUAACUGUCGAUAACAUUAUAUUUAAUAUGAUUGGCAUUGGCUUUGAUUCGGCGGCAAAAUUCUGGUUAAGCGACUGGAGUUCAGACACCGAUACCAAUAAAAAUACAUAUUAUUUUGCAAUCUAUGCGGUCAUCGGUUUGGCUAACGUUGUCUUUAUUGGGAUAACAUUUUUGUCAAUUAUUUUCGGUGUAGUCUUAGCAGCCAAACGAUGGCAUCGGCGGCUAAUGUCAUCAAUACUACACUCGCCGAUGAGUUUCUUUGAUACGACACCAUUGGGCCGUAUAUUCAACCGGUUUAGCAAAGAUAUCGAUAAAUAUUAUAUAAGAACUUCAAGACAAUUAAAACGCCUUGAAUCGGUCAGUCGGUCAUUGAUUUACAAUCAUUUUAGCGAAACACUGGCCGGCAUAUCAAGUAUCCGGGCGUACGGCUUACAGGAGCGGGCCAUCCGUGAAUUGGACGCCCGAAUAGAUACCAACCAACUGUGUCUAUAUCCGAGUGCUAUGUCGUUGAGUUGGGUUAUCUUACGGUUGGAAAUGAUAACAUCGUUGUUCAUAUUUUUUGCCGCACUGUUUGCUGUUCAUGAAAAAGGCAAACUAAACGGCGGCUCAGUUGGUCUACUACUAACAUAUGCCACCGCUAUUACCGACUCUGUCUAUAUGUUUAUCAAUUUGACGUCAAUAAUGGAAAACAAUAUGAUUUCCGUCGAACGAGUAGAUGAAUACUCGGCACUGAAACCGGAAGCCGACUGGCAUUCUAGUAGUAGUAGUGCCGACCAGUCGUCAGUUGUUAGCACAGUUGCCGGCAAUAAAUGGCCAGAAACUGGAUGUAUAGAGUUUGUCGACUAUAGUACCCGAUAUCGUGAGGGAUUGGAUUUAGUACUCAAACAGAUUACGAUUAAAAUCAAUGCCAAAGAAAAAAUCGGAAUUGUUGGCCGCACCGGUUCGGGAAAGUCGUCACUGAGUUUAGGAUUAUUUCGUAUAAUAGAGUCAGUCGGCGGCAAAAUAGUGAUCGACGGCAUAGAUAUCAGUCAAUUGGGUUUACAUGAUCUGCGCUCUGGUCUAACAAUUAUACCACAAGAACCGGUACUGUUUGCCGGCACUGUUCGCUCAAAUUUAGAUCCAUUUGAUCGGCACUCGGACUCAGAGUUGUGGACAGCCUUAGAGCGAUCACAUCUCAAACAUUAUAUUUUGUCCAACGAAUCGGGACUCGAUUUUCCAGUCAAUGAGGGCGGAGAUAACCUAAGUGUAGGUCAGAGACAACUUAUAUGUCUGGCCCGGGCUUUACUAAGACACACAACUGUCCUCAUUCUCGAUGAGGCAACGGCUGCCGUCGAUGUUGAGACCGAUACACUCAUACAGACAACUAUUAGGUCAGAGUUUGCCAACUGUACUGUACUAACCAUUGCUCACAGACUAAACACUAUACUUGAUUCCGAUCGUGUGUUAGUCCUAUCCGAUGGACGGGUAGUAGAGUUUGAAUCGCCAACAGUUCUACUCUCAAACAUUUCAUCACAAUUUUAUUUAUUGUCAAAAAAUGCGGGCAUUGUUUGA